AUGACGAUCAAAGAAAAUUUCUACCUGGCCCAUCCUGGGAACCCCAUUAAUCCUAGAAACCAGGGAUACACCUCAAACCAGUUUCAGUGGAAUUGGUCUUACUUUACUACGUUUGAUUCCAAGAAAUUCAUAGAUGAUGAAACCAUAACACUAGGGGCUAUCCAGAUCAUCAUCGGCCUGAUGCACAUCCUCUCAUCAAUGAAUAGAGAGCUGUAUUACUGUGCUGUUCUUGGGUAUUCAGGAUACCUGGUCUGGGGAGGAAUAUCUUUCGUUGUCUCUGGAUCCCUCUCAGUGUGGACUAAAAAAGACCCCAAUCCUUGCGUGGUAAAUGUCAACAUUGGUGCCCACAUGGUCAGCGCCUUCUUCUCGUUGCUGGGGAUCUGCAUUUUAAUCUCGGACAUGAUCGUCACACCAUGUUUUAUGUUCUACUCAGUUACGAUCUUCCCCUUUGCUAUCCUGGAGUUCUGUCUCACGUGUGUGGUCUCAUGUUUCGGGUUCCAGGCUCUCUGCUGGAAUCAUAUUUGGAACACCAAAGCUAGGCCAAGAACAUCUGGUGCCUACCCAGCCACCCCUGUGAACAUCCCAACCAACGUGACCACCAUUCCUGCCAACACUUUCAACCGCCAGGCCCACAUCACCAUCCCCGCUGCCAACGCUCCCUGCCCUAGCAACACUUCCCUUAAUAUACCUAAUGAGCCCAUCUACAGUGAAGUGGCCAACUCAUGA